AUGGCUUCCACAAACUUUGACUCGGUAUCGUCUGUCACUAUCAUCGGUGCUGGACCCUGUGGGUGUGCCUUUGCUGCCGACCUGGCUAGCCGUGGAAAGUCUGUCAUGCUCUAUGGCCACCCAGACCACCGUGGUGCCAUUCCUAUGAUUGAAGAGAACGGAGGCUGGCUCGAGGCCGACGGAGCCUUUGAGGGCAAGUACCAAAUUCAGACAACCAGUGACCUCUACCUCGCUAUCCGCCACUCUUCUUUCAUUGUCACCACUGUUCCCUCUUAUGGUCAAGACACUAUCCUGCGCACCCUGAGCCAGUUUGACCUCCGCAACCACACCUUGAUCAUCAACGUCGGCAACUUCUUCUACCUCGCCGCCCGUCAAAAGGUCAAUGCCCACGCCAUCCUCGAGACAGACAUUUCCCCCUACGCGGUCCGUAUCACUGGAGGCAAGGUGUUCAUCAAGGGUAUCAAGAAGAGUCUAGCCAUUUGGGCCGAACCCCCUACCACUCAAGUGGAGCGUCUUGAUGCCGGCGCCGAGGCCAACCUGCGCCGACAAGUCGAGGGAAUUUUCUCGCAGAACCUGGUGUGGUGCAAGAACCUGCUCGAAGUUGGUCUGAACAAUGUCAACCCAGUCGUUCACUGCCCGGCUGCUCUUAUGAACGCUGGCUGGAUCGAGGCCACCAAUGGUGACUUCUUUUUCUACGCCCAGGGCAUGUCCCCUGCUGUCUCCCGUGUGACCGAGAAGGUCGACCAGGAGCGUCUGGCCAUUGGUCGUGCCUAUGGUCUCGAGAUCAUCCCUAUUACUACCUACAUGAACCAAAACUAUAGCCAUGACCGGGAAUUCGCCGACUACCAUGAUUUCGCUGCCGGUUCAGUCAUCCACAACAAGACCAAGAGUGCCCCCACUAGCAUGAAGCACCGUUACCUAUUGGAGGAUAUCCUGUACGGAAUGGUGCCUUGGUACGAGCUCGGCCUGAAGGCUGGUUUGCCUUCGCCUACUAUCCGCUCCCUUAUCGAAAUGGCUUCUGUCGUCAGUGGCUUCGACUACUUUGAGCACGGACGAAGCCUUAAGUCCGCAGGUCUCAGCGAUGCUUCCUCUGAACAGAUUCUCAUGGCGCUCGGUGGACCUACGGAUAAGUCCUCUAGUGUUCGUGCCCUGCCAGACUCCCCUGCCAACAACAAUACUCUGGAUUUGCACGCUCCCUUCCAAACACCACAGGCCGUUGCCUAA